AUGCUUAAUUUUGUCAUCACUCUCCUCAUCGUAUCCAUCAUUGGAUUAUUCAUGAAUUGGUACAGAAGAGACCAUCGAUUACCACCAGGACCAAGAGGAAUACCAUUCUUAGGAGUGGUUCCAUUUCUUGGUAAACAUCCAGCAAAAACCAUGACUGAAUGGUCCAAAAAGUAUGGAAAAGCUUAUACCGCAAGAUUUGGUAACAAGGAUUUGGUGAUUCUGACCGACUAUGAACAUAUUUAUGACGUUAAUAUUCGCCAGUCAUCGAAAUUGGGUUCUCGACCACCAGCACACGUUUUUGAUGCGACCAACCAGGGCCGAGGAAUCGUUUUUGCAGACCUGGAUGUGGUGGAAAUUCACAGACCUUUCACUCUGCAGGCUUUAAAAAGGCUGGGAAUGGGCAAAAGCUCGAUGGCAAAUAGAAUACAUGAAGAAACCUCGUAUUUAAUUCAAGCUAUUCGAGAAAAAAGUGGUAAACCGUUUGAUCCUAAGGAUCUGUUUCUAUAUGCGGCUAUGAACAUAGCAUGUUUGAAUGUGGCAGGAGAGGGAUAUUCAUAUGAUGAUGACACACUUAAGGAAAUGGCUUCGAAAUUAGUCGAUGGGUUACGAGAUAACGGCAUAUACAUUUUUCUGUCAAACGUCUGUGGCUAUCUCGCGUCAAUACCUCCAUUCAAAAGUGCAAUAGAAACGUACGUCAACGACUUUAAUCAAGUCAAAGAUACUUUCGGACGCAAGAUAAAAGAACAUGAAAACACAUACGAUAAAAAUGAUUUGAGGGAUUACAUUGACAUUUUCUUGGAAGAAAUGAAAAAGGAGGAUCAUCAUCCAACAUUCAACAAAAAUCAACUAAAAGUUACUUUGCACAAUUUGCUGGAUGGCGGAUCGCAAACGCUUUCAUGUACUUUAUCAUGGUGCAUGCUUGCAUUGCUACAUUACCCGGAAAGUUAUAAGAAACUCAAAAAGGAAGUUGACGAUGUUCUAGAUUGCAGUGGAAAAAUCACUAUGUCAGACCGCAAAAAUAUGCAUUAUACCCAAGCUUUCAUUCAUGAAUUGACGCGAAGAUGCACACUCAUCAAGGUCUUUGACAGUUGCUCUAUCACAGAUGAAGUUGAAGUCGAUGGAUACAAAUUACCAAAAAACACAGGCAUAUUCUCGAUCAGUUGGGCAGUACAUAACGAUCCAUCAUGCUUUUCUGAUCCCGACGAUUUCAACCCGGACAGAUUCAUAAACCCAGAAGAUGGAACUUUUCAAAAGUCAAAAUACUGGAUGCCAUUCGCGAUUGGAAAACGAAAUUGCCUGGGCGAGCAGUUGGCACAAAUGGAGCUUUUUAUUAUUUUAGUCACUUUAAUCCAGAAGUUCGAAAUUUCGGUAGAAACUGGAACUGAAAUUCCAUCACUUGAUGGUGGUAACGAGGGCGCUUUGUAUACACCUCUUCCUAUAAAAUUGAUUAUGACUGAGAGAGAAUAA